UUUUUUUUCUCCUGAUUGCAUUCAGGGACUUUGUUUUCUUUCUCGAUUGGGACAACAGAGCGAAGAAGUUAUCGGCCGUGUUCACUUCCAGCCGUUCUUUAACUCGUUAGUUCAUUUCUCUUUAUUAUUUUUAUUUCCUUCACAGUAUACCUAUUCUGGGGCCCUGUCGGUUGGUCACUAUUGGGCUGUUAAUAAAGUUGCAGCUCGAAUUAGCACCCCCCCCCGGAAGCCAUAUUCGUGCAUGCCAGCCGAUUUGAUACAGCCUGUCAUCGUCUUCACUAGCCCAGUGCGUCAUAUAUUAUUGCGAUAAGAUCUCGCCACGAUUCAAAAUGGCGAGCGAUAAGGUGGUUGUUGAGGAGGUUUCCAUUACAGGGACGAAACCCUCUUUUGGGGCUCGCUUCAAGAGUCACUAUAAGAGGUUUUGGUGGGCUCAUCUCAUCGCACUGGUUGUGAGUGUGUUGGUUGUGUCACUCCCAAUGGUCUAUGUGGGAUAUCCGAGAAUCGCCCAGGCAGACAUCAACGACUCUACGUUGAGCGUCUCUGCCAUGUUCAUCAGCGACCCCAGCCCCGAGAGCUUCCAUCUCAACCAGACCCAGAUCAUUGGCACGGACAGCAUCUUCCACCCUAAGAUCUUCAGCUUCGAAGCGGAAGUCGGCCUCGAGGGCGCAUCUGCUUCCUUUGCGAACGUCACCGUUCCGCAAGUCCAGGCCAAGGACGGCACCGUGGUGAACGUCGCACAGCGCGUCGAGCUCAGCGAUGCGGCGGCGUUCGCGGCGUUCUCCUCAGCGGUGAUGAUGAGCGAGGAGUUUGGGUUGACUGUAAGCGGCAGGCCCCGUUUGAAGCAGGGCCCCCUGCCGACUAUCACAGUGACAUACGACAAGGCGGUUACCAUGAAGGGUCUGAACAAACUCAAGGGCUUCACUAUUAUCAGCAUGCAUCCUGUGUCGAACCGAGCCGAUGGAAACAACGCUGUGGGACAGGUUUCGAUCCCUAACCCCUCCGUGAUGACCCUUAGCAUGGGCAACCUGACGAUGGACCUCUGGUCCGCCAACGGAACUUCCCUGGGCCAGUCGUUCCUCAACGACCUCGUGCUUGUGCCCGGCAACAACACCGUGCCGAUGCUCUCCAACAUCGACAUGAUGAAAGUGAUCAGUCUGCUCCCGCGAAACCCCCCCUACGUCAUCCCAGUCAAGGUCACCGGCAACUCGAGCACAUAUAACGGAAAAGAGAUCCCCUACUUCACAGCAGCUCUGGCAGCGAACAAGCUAACAGUAGACCUAAACCUCACCGAGGUGCUAGGCUCCUAAACCCUUC